UUUAAGUUAAUAAGGGUUCGAUCCCCUUCAUCUAUAAUUGUAUGUUAUAUCUUGUGUGUUAUUUUAUAUCGUAAUAUAUUGUGUAUUAGAUAAUAAGUGAAACAUAUCCACAUUUUCGAGAUGACUGAGGCGACUAGCAUUCCCCGUGAUGUUCUGCAACUAAUACCAACUUAUUCAGGCGAAACAAAUGUACUAAACCUAUUCUUGCGAAAAUGUGAAUAUGUCAUAUCCAAGUACCAAGGUACCCCUGAGCGUAAUGAAUUUCUGAUGCAAAGCAUCACCAGCAAACUGACUGGUAAUGCUGCUUCUCUCAUCAGCGAGAGAGCUGAUUUCCAAUCAUACGAUGAACUGAAGGCUCUGCUGACCCAGCACUUUGGCGACCCUAGGUCGGAAGAGUGCUUGGCCAUUGAACUAGAAACAUUAAAAAUAAAACCAGGAGAAUCUUAUUUGCAACUAUGUGGUAGGAUUCAGGAGGUCCGAUCAAUUUUAUUAGCUAAGGUUAAUCAAUUAACCGAUGAAAACUUAAUUAGCGCGAAAACAAUAAUCUAUAACAAUACAUCUAUGAAUGUAUUUCUGUACAACCUCCCCGAAGAUUUACUAAGAAUCGUAAGACUUAAGGGAUGCACUUCUCUGGAAAAUGCCCUAAGCAUAGUCCUGGAGGAAGUGAAUUUCCUCUAUCAGUAUAAUGCAAGAAAUAAAAUGAUGAAAGCACCAUAUAACGUACCUCAACCACCAAAACCGCAGCCAACACAAUUGACUUCGCAGACAAUGGCUGUACCAUUGCCACAAACGUUUAAAUUCGGAAUUCCACAGAAUAAUAAUAAUUCUAAACCUAACUUUCAGCAGCAACAUCCCCAAUCACAACCCCGAUUUAAAUUUGGUAUAACGCCAAGUAAUCAAUUUAGAUCAACUCAUCAACCUCAGCAAUUUGGGUUCAAGCCCCAAAUGCAGCAACAACCCCUAGGGUACAGACCACAGUUAGGUGCUACACCCCAAUUUGGAUACAAACCCAACUUUACACAACAGCAGUUUGGCUACCGACCACCCCAAAAUCUGCAGCCCCAGCAGUUUGGCUAUAAACCAAACUUUCAGAAAGUCCCUUACACUGACGUAAGCAUGCGUACAGCGCCCCCAGCGAAGCCCCAAGGUUUUCGUAUGAACGAACUGUACAGUAUAAACGAAUGCGAGAGUGACGAAUGCAAUACAAUGUAUGAUCCCAACAAUGUAGAGUGUUAUGAUUAUGAACGGGCCGACCAAGACACAGGGUAUAACGACGACAGUGGUGAAGCUCAAUCUAACGAACAAAAUGCUAGUGUUGAAAAUAUUGAAAAUUUUCAGAUAAUGGCCUCUACCAUAAACCGGAAGUGAUAAACUUGAAUUGCACCCCUAAAUUAAAACUACCCUAUAUUGAAAUUCCGGAAAUUAAUUCGAAAUUUAUGAUUGACACGGGCAGUUCUCGCUC